UUUCCAUGCUUCUUCAAGACCUGAAUGGGGCCGUCUCUGCUUCUGGGUGCGUCCUGAGAGAGUUGGGUCCAAAACCCGGCCUCUUCCCAACAAGCUAGGACCCAAAGUCCAUAGCUGACUACUCUGCAGUCAAAGCAACCAGACCAAGGAUCUUUUUUGGGAUGAGCUCCCCUUGGUACCCACAGGUCUGCACGGGGACAACCUGGCACCUGGAACGAGGGUCUGAGGGUUGCGUAGUCCAGAGGCAGCCACUGCAUUUAGGCCUCAGUUGGGAACAGAUAGCAUGAAACCUCCCUAGUUAUCUUUAUGAUGCAACAGCAGCUGCCUUAUAACCGUUGCUUACAUCCUGUGUUCGAAUUGCUGUGGAAAAACAGAUGCCUCGUCCUACAGCUGGAUGCAGACCAGCCCCCUGGAUCUGAAUGUCCUAGGAUGCAGGUCCAGAGCAGAGUUUUGCAAGUGCUGCUGUCUCUUUAAUGGCUCGAACCGAAACCCCGGCUCUGAGCAUUCCCAAACUUCAGCGUGUUGGAAAUCCAGACAUCCAGCUGAGUGUUUUUUCCCCCUCACAUCUCAGUUUGACCUGACAUCUGCCCGAUUCAUCUCUGCAAAGACCUCUUUUGGCCUGCUUUUUCUCUCUCGGCGCACAGGAUGUGCAGUCGGCAUGGUGUUCUCAGCCUUCGGCUCUCCGGAGAGCUGUGGCGUUCAACUCCUUAGCCCCCUUGCACGGUAGAUCAUGACUAAAUCCCAGUUUUAAUGUAUCCCCUUCCUCUCCCACCCCUACACACAUUUUGGAGGCAAUGUAGUGGGUGAGGAAUAUAUUUUAGCACGGCUGGAUUGAACCAUUGGGACUCUGGGGAGCAUGAGGCCCUGGGGGUACAGCUCCUGUAACUUCCUGCAGAAAACGCCUCCUUUUGAUGCCCACCUCCCUAUUUUUUCCUGCAGUAUACAUGCCGCACAGUUCAGCUGAUCAGAUUAUGCAGACUAGACAGGCUUAUCAUGCCAUCUAUCCAGCGUACACUUGUGCUCUGAGGUCUGGAGGAAUACGUCCGGGAAAGGACCCCUUCCCUGCCUUGCUAAGAGCACGGAAGCCCUUUGCAUCUCUGAGCUUGGGUAUUAAUGAUUCCUCUUGGUCCGAUGGAAAUAUAAUAUUUCUCUUUCCCCUGAGCAAGCAAGUGUGCAUAUGUGUGUGCGUGUGUGUGCUGAAUGCCAAAAGCACUGGUGAAGCCAGCUUGCUUCCGUAUGUGAAUCAUUUCUCAAGCAGCUCUGUGUCUCGUUGCAAUGUGGUUUUCCUCUCAGGGAAGCGCUGAAGCUCUGAAUUCUCAGUCUGGUUUGCACAUGCUGUCAGAGGCUAGCGGGAGACGGUUUUCUUUUUAAUACGAGGAGGAGAAAAGCUUUUUCUAGUGACCGUUCCUCUGGAAAGACCAUGAAGAGCGCUGCCAAGCCUUGGAGUGCUGUGCCAAAGCAAGGGAGCCACGGGAUUGACCGAGGAAAACCUCUUCCUGCUGCCUCCUCGGGCAUGAAGACCUCCAAGUCCUCCACUUCGCUCGCUUUUGAAUCUCGGCUCAGCAAGCUGAAGAGAGCCAGCAGCGACGACAUGCUCACAAAGCCAGGGGUAACAGCAGGCUCUGGGGUCUCCAGACUGAAGAAGACCAUUACAACAGGAGCAAUUUCUGAACUUGCUGAGAACCGGCUGAAGCCCAGUACAGGAGCUGUUUCAUCAGCCAAGCGCACAGGGAUUCCAGCUCCUCGGGAAACCCCAUCCACCGUCUCCAGAGAGAGAGCAGUGUUGCGUGGACCAGCUAACACUCGGAAAACUCAGCCCAGCCCGACUUCCAGCGGCACGCCUACGCCUACCAAACACCUGCGCCCCUCGGCCAAGUCCAAGCAAGACAAUGAAACCGGGGAGAAGGCCGUUCUGGAGUCCCAGGUUAAGGAGCUCCUGGCAGAAGCAAAGACGAAAGACUCGGAGAUUACCAAACUCCGGAGCGAGCUGAAGAAAUGCAAGGACAAAGGCUCACCUAACACCGAAGGGAUCAAUGCGUUAGAUCAAAACUUAGACGCGUCGCCACUGUCACCUGGUGACAUGGACCCGCUAAUACAGACUCUUCAGGAAAAAAACAGGACUUUUCAAAAAGAGCUUGCUAGCCUGGGGGAAGAAAACCGCGUUCUGAAAGAGAAGCUGCUUUACCUGGAGAACUCCCCUCUCUCGGACACGACGGUGAGCAGCGGAGGUGACAGCAGUCUCCCAACCCCGACCACCCAAGAGUCGAGUUUUGGAAGCCCAACAAAAAGCCUAGUAAGAAGUGCACCGGAUGAGGCCAGGCAUCGUGCAAACGGAGGAGCUUUACGCAACUCGGGGUCUUCUAGCAGUGACGUGACCAAAGCCUCCUUGUCGCCCGAUGCAUCUGAUUUUGAACAUAUAGCAGACGUACCCUCUAGGCCAGUGUCCUCAAACAGCAACCCCUUCAAGGGUUCCAGGUGCUCCACCUCAGGGAGUUCUCCGAAUAACGUCAGCGACCUUUCCGUGGCUUCGCUGACCGAGAGGAUACAGAAAAUGGAAGAGAACCAUCACAGCACCGCAGAAGAGCUGCAAGCCACGUUGCAAGAGCUGUCCGACCAGCAGCAAAUGGUGCAGGAGCUGACGGCAGAAAACGAGAAGCUGGUGGAAGAGAAGGCUCUCCUGGAGAACUCCUUCCACCAGCACAGAGAGAGAACAGAGCAGCUGAGUCAGGAAAACGAAAAGCUCGUGUCUCUCCUCCAAGAGCGAACCAAGAACGAAGAAACCAAAGCGCAGGAGGGGAAGGUCCUGGAGCUGGAGCAGAAAUGCACCGAGCUGCUCGAGAAAGCACAGUUUGAACGAGAGAAGCUGCUCAACAUCCAGCAACAGUUAACCGGUAGCUUGCGGAGCUUAGAACGAGAACACCAAGAUGCCCAGGAGGCGAUCAAGGGCCUGGGAGAGGAAAACGAGAAGCUGGGUAGGCUUCUCGAAACAGAACGGCAGAGCAACAGCACGGUGACGAAGACUCUGGAGGACUGUAAAAUCGCCUUAGAAGGCCUGAAGAUUGAGAACGGGUCCCUCAAAACUCAGCUAGAGAGCGAGAAGCAGAAGGCUGCGGAGAUGAGCGCGGUAGGAUGCACUACUGACAACUCGGAGGUGCAGGAGAUGUUGAAAGUGGCCCAUGCAGAGAAGGAUCAGUUGGAGCUGGCUUGCACCGAGCUCAAGCAAGAACUGUUGAAGGCAAGCAGCGAGGUGAAACAGGCCCAGGGGCUGCUGGCCAAGGUGGAGACAGAGUACAGUCAGCUGAAGGAGCUGUGUGACCGGCAGGCCGAGCAGCUCACCAGAACCAGCCAGAAGCUGCAAGAGAAAACCUUGGAGUACGAUGCCGAGAUCAAGAACCUGAAGGAGACCAUCUUUGAUUUGGAGGACCAGGUGGAGCAGCACCGUGCCAUCAAGCUACACAACAACCAGCUCAUCAACGACCUGGAGAGUAAAGUGAUGAAACUGGAAGAUCAAAAGCUGGAUCAGGAGAAGCAGCUGAAGGCUCUGACCAAACAGAUGAAGGAGGAUGCCGAGGAGUGGAGGCGUUUUCAAGCCGAUCUGCAGACUGCGGUGGUGGUGGCCAACGACAUCAAGUGCGAGGCCCAGCAGGAGCUGCGUGUGGUGAAGAGGAAGCUCCAGGAGGAAGAGGAGAAGAGUGCCAGGCUGCAGAAGGAGCUGGACGACGUGAAGGGCAGCAGCAGGCUGACCAUGGAGGAGGUGGACUCCACGGAGGCAGACACCACCAACCGCUGGCAAGGAGUCUGCGUGAGCAGGGCGUCCCCCACUCCCCCGGAGUCUGCCGCCACUGUGAAGUCGCUGAUCAAGUCCUUUGAUUUGGGCUGCUCAGGUAGCGCCGGGCAGAGCAUCCCGGUUCACAAAGUCCCGCGGAGCCCUCUGAGUGGGAUUCCAGUGAGGACGGCCCCGGCAGCUGCCGUCUCCCCCAUGCAGAGACAUUCUGUUUACAAUAAUGCGAAGCCAGCCAGCAAAGGUGUUGCCAAACACUCGGACCUUCCAGACCUUCCCCUCGCAGACCUUCUGAAAGGGAGAAGCGAAGAUCUGAAGCCCGACCAUUACCUCCGCAAGAGUCCCUCCCUGGAGUCCCUGAGCAAGCCCCCCUCCAUGGCCUUCAACAGCAGAAUGCUGACUUCCACCCCCGGCGGCCUGAAGCCCCAGAGCAAACUCAGUGUGGAGAGAAAGGACCCGUUAGCAGCCCUGGCCCGAGAAUAUGGCGGCUCCAAGAGGAAUGCUCUGCUGAAGUGGUGCCAGAAGAAGACAGAGGGCUACCCGAACAUCGACAUCACCAACUUCAGCAGCAGCUGGAGUGACGGGCUGGCCUUCUGCGCCCUCCUGCACACCUAUCUGCCAGCGCACAUCCCGUACCAGGAGCUCAAUGGCCAGGACAAGAAGAGAAAUCUGCUGCUGGCUUUUCAAGCUGCUGAAAGCGUGGGCAUCAAACCCAGUCUGGAACUCAGUGAGAUGAUGUACACGGAUCGUCCAGACUGGCAGAGCGUGAUGCAGUACGUGGCCCAGAUCUACAAGUACUUCGAGACCUGAGACCCAGGGCAGAAGGUGGACAGAAGUGGGGAGAGACUGAAGAAUGCCACGGAAGCACUCGAUCACUUUAAAAACCCCUCAUUUCUAUUCCACAAGCCAGCCAAGGCUCGUAGGCGGAAAGAAAAGCUCUUCCACGGUUUCGAUCACAUCUGGGACUGCAACCAAAUAAAGAUCCAUUGUCCACCUGCACAAACCAAACCCAGCUGUAAGUUUAUUUCGACAUGAAAACAGCAACGCUUUUUCUGCCAGCUGUGGGAUAUUUGUGAAGAAGAUGCCCUCGUGUUAACUAGCGAUUGUAUCUCAAACCAGCCUCUGCCAGCCGGAGAUCUGCACGCUAUGGAAGGACUCCAGUGCGUACAUGGUCGUUGAAUGCCUGGACCAAACUCGAGAGAUGCUGAGAGGACGGCUAGUGCAGCAGCUCACCACAUGGCUUCUCUUGCACAGUUACAAACGGAUGCUUUCCUGCUCCCGAGUGUCGGUGCCCCCACCCGACCUGUUUUAUAUACCUGUUCCCUGAGACACUAAGACAAACAGACGUAUGCUCACACGCACGGUGUGUGUAGGACCUUUCGCACACACUGACUCAGACUUAGCUGAGCUGAGCUUGCAGGGUCUGCAGCAGGAUCUCUUGUUGCCCCAAAGGCUUUCUUGGCUCUGUAUUUCACCAGACAGCCACAGAGCACAAAGGGAACCGCUAGGUGCUAUGACUUCAUUUUGGGUCCAACAAAAGUAGCUUCUUUUAUGAUGAGAAAGAUCAGUGAGCAGUCUGGUAGGGAGCUGGAAUCCUUUCAUCUCUGGGCUGUGCAGGCCCAGGCUUUUCAGCACUGCCGCCUUGCUGGCUUUAUUGCACAAGGCACGGAGGUGACGACUCUGGCAUCUGAGCAAUAUGGAGAUGAGUAUCACACCUUUGUCACGGGUCAGGCUGGAGCAGCCACACUGCCUGCAUUGAACCCGAGUGCACGGUUUUCCUGUGUACCUACCUGCCACAUAGAUGCACGGUACUUACUGCCAAGGAGUCACGUGUCAGCUUGUGCCCUGUGCAAUGAAGCGCAGCCCAUUGGACAUGAGCAGGUGGUCUGAGCUGAAGUUACAAGGCUUGAUUGAUGAAUACAAAUUGCAAGAUGCAGCCCCAUUCAUUAAGCUACAGGAAGUCUAGUCGGCAGCUCUUCUCUGUCAUGGAAACCACAGCAAAGCCUCCCGGAUCCCAGAGAAUAGCAUUUUAGCCUGCACACGUCCUCCCUCCGCUCACAAAGGCAUGCGUGUUUUCAUCUGCCGUGUUGAGCAUCUCUUUUAUUUGACCCCCAGAAACGGGGAUCUUCUGCCUCCGGGCUCGUGAGACACCACAGGGAGCCCCGGGCACGGGCCAGACCUCGAGCCUGUGCUUUUGGUGGUAACCUUUCCGAGGGCAGCACGGCUGCUCCAGCUGAAGAACAGAAGUUGUUUGGUGACCACGUUUAACCCUGAGGGCCCAGCCUACGGCUUCGUAGAGCUGUAUGAGGGGAAGGGAGGCUUCCUCCCUACGUAGGGAGCAGGGUGUGCUGAUAGGUCCCAAGCCUGCUUGCUUCAGUACAGCCUGGUGGAGCAGACACAGGUGCUGUCAGAGGAGUGUUUGCCGCUUUCCGAAGCCCGCCGAGUACUCUGCCUUCAGCUCGGUCUCCGCUCCGAGUGCUUCGGGCUCCCCCAAACCGGCGAGCCUUGCUUUCCUCCUUUCCGAACCCCCCCGCUCUCCUCCUCCUCCUCCUCCUCUCACAAGUGAUGGAUACCAGUUCCCCAGCCACGGGGAUAUAUUUAGAACGGGAUUCUUUUCCCCUCGUGUUUAUCUUACCAUGUUUAUCUUCAGCAUCUCCCAUUUAAGCCCUUAGUCCCAUGAGCUCUGUCUGCAAAUGGACUCGGUGCUGAGUGCAUUGCCGUAUCCAAAGCAGCUUCCAAAGCAAUGGAGGUGACAGCACAAGCCACCCCAGGGAGAGACAGACCCACUGAGCAAUGCAUUCGUCUCAGGGGCGGUUUAUCAGAGCUUGACCCAGGUGUACAGGCAGCAAAAAUGCAUCCGACGUCCUCCUCGCCCUGGAAUCGACUCGGAGAGCUUGAUCCUUGGCAGACCUUGCUGCUUGCCUGUGCUGGAGGGGAUGCUGGAGUGCGUUUGUGAGACCCUGCGCAUUGGUCCCCCUCCAUUUGCUGCUGUCCUUUUGCAAUCAAGUCACUGUGGGGAGAUCGGGAGAUGUAGUCCACCUAGUACAGUCAGCAGAGAAGUCUGAGCUCUAGCCAGGUCUGAAGGUAAGCAGUUAAACUAAUCCUCAGGGCUACAGGCUUUCAGGUGGGAGGACUUGCAAGGCGGGGGGACCUUGUUGCCUGCAUUUGCUAGGCGCUGUCCUCGCACUGGGUCCCCGCUUUGCAGAUUUCUCUCGUGUUGCUGGGACAACGGGACCUGAAUCUGGAAGCAGGAUGGCAGUGGGAGAGGCCAGAGGCCUUUGAGCUGUGUCAGAAAGAGAUUUCAGUGUGUUAAAAGUAUUUGUUGUUGGGUCAUCCAGUUGCUGGCCUUUGUGUCCUUAAUAAUGCAGCAAGAAUUGCGGGGGUGGAUGAGAAUGGAUACGGCCAGUGGGAGAGGAGGUUGGGCGAGUCUGCUUGACAUCUCUCUCCUGAGAGGCGUGAAGCAUUGCCAGACCCUGGCUCCGGGCUGCAAGAGUCCUGGCAAUAGGAUAGGAAGUGACCCAAGCUGCGCUCGUCCCCGGCGGCCUGCAGAAAGCACCUCCAAGCCAGGGACGGCUGGAUCUGCUGGGAGAUGCCGAUAGCUCAGGCUCCUGGGAAGCGCGCGUGCUCCGUGUGACGCGCUGCGCGGGGCCGUCGGCAUCUCUUGAUCCAAGCUUUAUUCUGCCGUGGCUCUGAGCCAUUGCCCAAAGACCUGUCCCAGCCCUUGAGGCGCUUCAGCUGCUGCAGGUCGCUGCCUCUUUCUUUAAACCAACCUGCCAGAGACGUGUGCACCUCUGGGAUUCCCUCCCCACAAAAAUGUUGUAGCUCCAGAAUAAAGCAGAGCUCAGACGUGGCCCAGAGACAAGGUUUCUAUAAAUAAAAACGUCACUUCAAGUCAGCUACCUGCCAACCCAGAGGCCCAGAAAUAGAAGAAUUUCCCAGGGGAAAGGUGGCUGGAGACUCGGCGUCCCAGCGGGCUCUAGCAUUGCGGAGGGACCCCUUGAGGUCUGACAUUCUGCGAUCUAGAAAAGCCCCUUCCAUGCGGGCUUUGUGGGGACAGGGGCUGUUGGUUUUACAAGUAUUACCUUUGAGUUUUGAUUCCCUUCGAGGUUUGCACAGCUGCCACCGCGGAUCUCACUUUUCAGAGGCGGGAGAUGGUUUCCUGUGCUUCCAUUUCUGGAUAGCCACGACCCGAUACCACGAACGGGCUUGAACUGCAGGAAGCGCUGCGCGUUCGACCCGUUGGAAACAAGGCCCUUUUAGGGCGUCUCAACUUAGGCGCCCAGAAAUUGAAGCACUCGGGAAGGCUAGCGGUCUCUGAAAGCCUAGGCUCCGCUGACUGAGGCUUUACAGGUUCAGGGUUACGGGAACCAGGCCUGAUAAGACCGGCGAGUGAGGAAUGUAAAACAGUCCUUGAAUAACCGUGUACAGAGUGCGCAACGGGGGCGAGAGGUUUUUCCCGGCAAGAGCGGGGUGUGACCCGCAUUGCUUCUCCGUGGCUUUGCCUCUUGAAGGUAACGUCCUUCCCAAAGCAAACACCGCUGAGGCCCACGCAUCCCCACGGAUGUACUUCUUGCAUGCGUGCCUGUGCAUUUAGUCAGCGUUGGCAAGACGCUAGAAAUUGAGGUGAACUCUGCACGUUGACUUGGGCUUGGCAGAUGAGGAGAGGCGGUCGCAGGAGGUCUGGGUGAAGGGACCGUGCCGCGUGGCUCUUGGGCAGCCGUCGCUGGGGAAGGAGGGAGAUGAAGGGUGCGGGACGUGCAGCAUCUUGCUCCCGGAGCCGCCAAAGGGGCCAGUGCUCGCGGCAUGCGGGAGGGGAAGGCAGAGGGGAAUUGGGAAAUCAGGCCGGGCUCUGGGCCUGGCAGGAAGGAGGAGAGGGCUUGUAGUGAAGCUGACGUGCUGUUUGGGAACCCGUUGGACAGCUCGAGUGGACGUGGAGGGUGUGAAGGAAGGGGGUAGACAGGGCUGGGCGUGUGCGAGAGAGCGGAGGAGGCGGAUGUCCGUAGGCCGGGAGUUCCCGUUGGAUGACCCUUCUGUUGGCUGUUUGGCUUCUUGGUCAUUGCCCCUCUUGCGCUCUUCAGAGCGACCGUAGACGCUGGGGACGUGCGUGCCUUUGCCAGGCUCCCGCCCCACAUGCUCACCCCCGUGACCCGUGACGCAACACGGAGGGAUCGGAGGCAGAAUCCGGCCCCUUCGUCCAACGCGGCAGCAAGAAAGGCGGAAGGGCAGGCCCCUGGAUUGUGAGCUGAGCGGCGGCGUGAGCCUGCUCGACUUCCCCGGCUUCUUCCCAGACUUCCCCAGUCCCCUCUCGCUGAGGCACCUUCCCCCUCGGCACAUGUCCUAGCAGUGUUUGGUUGGGAGGAGGGAGAAGCCAGCCAAGCAUUGCUGCUGCUUGUCUCGGGCCCCGACGGCUCUUGCAAACCUUUACACCCCGGAGUGCCACCACGCUGCCGGGCUUCCCGCCCAGACAGGAGCAAGCUCCAGGCACCGCGGGCCUCCAUGGGUGAUUCUGCCUCUGUCGGCCCCGAAAAUCUGCCGCUGGCCUCCACGCGUGCCCUCCCGCCUUCCCUGGUCGCAGAGCAGGAGAGAGGUCCCAGAUUUUGGAGCUUUCUCUUCCUCUGCUCCCGGCACCAGCACUUCUUCCAGGAAACGUCCGGUGAGGUCAUCGCUCUCAGAGCUUCCCCCGCGUGUUAUGAAAUGUAGGGUCUAUGGAGCAUGAGACCACGUUUUCCUGCCAAAAGAGACUUUCGUCUGGCAGGGCUCAGGCCACCGAGCACCGUGACACUUCCCAGGCCCAGCAAUAACUUCUGCCGCUCUGAACCUCACUUGCUUUCCACCAAUUCUAGCUAGCGCCAGGCGAGCCCAGAGCCCCGCGUCUUCACAGAGUCCAGGCUGUAACCCACCCACCAUUACCCAGUGUCAUAACCAAGGGUCUCUUCCUCUUUAACUUGCACACAUGCCAAGCUUUGCUGGGCCGUGCUGAACGCAGCACUUUUAUUGCUUUUUGUUUGUUGGGUUUCGGCCCAGGCUAGAAUUGUGCCGAAUGGAAGAACCACCUCUACUCGCCGAGUGAUUUUUAGCUCUGUCCGUCGGAUCCCGUCGUUACAGCACGACCUAAUUUAUACGAAGAGCACAUUAGAAUGUAUAUAGAAAGGCAUUGCCAGGGUUGGACGUGCUAGUACAGAUGUAUUUAAAGAUUAACAUUAUUAAAGCGUCUGAUGCAGAAUCUGUGUAAUAUUUCUAAUAAAGCCUUUUUGUUUCUGA